AUGCGAUCUGGAGAGACCCGGACGGGCGGCGGGCAGUCUGGCCCGAGCGUCCCAGGCGGCGCUGAUGGAUGGUCCCCUGACAGUAAUCGCAGAAUGAGGACGCGCUGGCGACGCUCUCGCCUGAGGCCCCGCUGUUUGGCGAGCCCAGGAGUCCCUCCACUCUCUGCAGUGCCUGCCUGGGGGAGCCUCAACCCCUGGGCUUUGGGGAGGCCCACCGCCUCCAGUCCCGGCCCGGCCCGGGCCCGCCGGGGCUGUCUGCGCGGUGCGGGGGAGGCCCCUCGGCGGGUCCCGCAAAGGAGAGGAGAGGAGGGCGUGUGCGCUCCAGCCAGCCCGGCUCCAUUCGGGCCGUUCACUCCCACUCGCCCACCCCACGGAAACCAGACGGCCCAGCGGCCACGGGCGGAGCGGCCUCAGCACAACUCCAGCCUGCCGCCAGAGGGGCCUCCCCUCGCCCACUUCCCUCCGCCGGCGACGGCCUACGGGACCCGGUCUCGGCCCCUCCGCAAUCCCGCAGGUAUUGAGUUCCAGGCGGCCGCCGGCGAGGCAGCUGCCCGGGUGAUGCGCCGGCCAGGCACUAGUUGGAGACCUGGAUCGCCACGGCCUCCCCAGAUCCCCGGCCUCUGGGUCGUUCAAGCUCCUCUUGCAGCCAGGCCAGACUUCCCUGCUUUCAGCCACCGGGAGAUUGACACAAGGGGCUUCUGA